AGCCAGGCCAGGGAGCCCUCUGCGUCAGCUGCUGCUCGCCGUGCCGCGCCGCGCCACACCAGCCAGGACUUACCCGCAGCUCCAUGCUGGUGCCCGGUUCGUCUCGUCCAUCCUCCGAGAAGAGGCUGCCCAUGAGGCUCCCAGUACCCACUGAGUGCCACCCCGAAGGAUGUCCCAGCUCUCCUCCACCCUGAAGCGCUACACAGAAUCAGCCCGCUACACAGAUGCCCCUUACGCCAAAUCCGGCUAUGGCACCUAUACCCCCUCCUCCUAUGGAGCCAACCUGGCCCCCUCCUUCCUGGAGAAGGAGAAGAUUGGUUUCAAGCCUGUCACUCCCACCAGCUUCCUUCCCCGGCCCAGAACCUACGGUCCCUCCUCCAUUCUGGACUAUGACAGGGGCCGCCCCCUGCUGAGAUCCGACAUCAUUGGGGGAAGUAAGCGGGCUGAGAGCCAGAGCCGGGGCACUGAGAGGCCUCCAGGCAGUGGACUCAGCGGAGGCAGUGGAUUCCCCUAUGGGAUGACCAGCAGCUCCCUCGGCUACCUGCCUGUGAAUACCCAUGAUCAGGGGGUAGCCCUGAGCCAGAAGAAAUCAAACAGCCAAUCGGACCUGGCCCGGGACUUCUCCAGCCUCCGGACUUCAGAUAGCUACAGGACUUCAGAUGGCUACCGGAUAGACCCUGGGAACCUGGGCCGCAGCCCCAUGCUGGCCCGAACACGCAAGGAGCUCUGUGCCCUGCAAGGGCUCUACCAGGCCGCCAACCGCUCGGAGUACUUGACUGACUAUCUGGAGAACUACGGUCGCAAGGGCAGCGCACCCCAGGUGCUCACGCAGACCCCUUCCUCACGAGUCCCUGAAGUCCUCAGCCCCACCUACCGACCCACCGGCCGUUACACACUGUGGGAGAAGGGGAAGGGACCAGCCUCUGGGCCUAAUAGAUCCAGCUCCCCAGGGCGAGACAACAUGAAUUCUAAGAGCUCCCAGGGUCUGGCUGGUCUUCGAAACCUUGGCAACACGUGCUUCAUGAACUCGAUUCUGCAGUGCCUGAGUAACACCAGGGAGCUAAGAGAUUACUGUCUCCAGAGGCUGUACAUGCGGGACCUCAGCCACACCAGCAGUGCACAUUCAACCCUCAUGGAAGAGUUUGCAAAACUAAUCCAGACCAUAUGGACUUCAUCCCCCAAUGAUGUGGUAAGCCCAUCUGAGUUCAAGACCCAGAUCCAGAGAUAUGCACCGCGCUUCGUUGGCUAUAAUCAGCAGGAUGCUCAGGAGUUCCUUCGCUUCCUUCUGGAUGGGCUGCACAAUGAGGUAAACCGAGUGACAGUGAGGCCUAAACUCAACUCUGACAACAUCGACCAUCUCCCAGAUGAUGAAAAGGGACGGCAAAUGUGGAGGAAAUAUCUAGAACGGGAGGACAGUCGGAUUGGGGAUCUCUUUGUUGGGCAGCUCAAAAGCUCCCUGACGUGCACUGACUGCGGCUACUGUUCUACAGUCUUCGAUCCCUUCUGGGACCUCUCCCUGCCCAUUGCAAAGAGAGGUUACCCUGAGGUGACGUUGAUGGACUGCAUGAGGCUCUUCACGAAAGAGGAUGUGCUGGACGGUGAUGAAAAGCCAACAUGCUGUCGCUGCCGAGCCAGAAAACGAUGUAUAAAGAAGUUUUCCAUCCAGAGGUUCCCAAAGAUCUUGGUGCUCCACCUGAAGCGGUUCUCGGAAUCCAGGAUACGAACCAGCAAGCUCACAACAUUUGUGAAUUUCCCACUAAGAGACCUGGACUUGAGAGAAUUUGCCUCAGAAAACAUCAACCAUGCUGUUUACAACCUGUAUGCUGUGUCCAAUCACUCCGGAACCACCAUGGGUGGCCAUUAUACAGCCUAUUGCCGAAGUCCAGUGACGGGCGAAUGGCACACUUUCAACGAUUCCAGCGUCACACCCAUGUCCUCCAGCCAAGUGCGCACCAGCGACGCCUAUCUGCUCUUCUAUGAACUGGCCAGUCCACCCUCUCGCAUGUAGCAUCGAGGAGCUACAUCCCUUCCCUCUUCCUUGUGGUGGCCCCACAUCCUACGUUUUUUAAAAAGACAAAACCCACCAAAAAAAAAAAAAACAAAAAAACAAAAAAAUAAAAACAAGAGAAAAGAAAACAGCAACAGCAAGAAGAAAACCUGGCAAAUAAGAGAAAAAUAAACUAAAAUCAAGCUGCUGAACAGAAUUGGUAGAGCCUGGUCAGGGUCUACGUCAAGGAGCCCCGAGCGGUGGCUUGUCGGGACAGAUGGACGGGACGCGGAGACCGAAUCGGCAGUGCUCCCUCGCUGUCUCUUAUUUGCAUUUUUAAAGCUUGUGGUUUUUUUCCUGUGUGUAAUAAACAACAGCCGUCUGUGGGGAGAAGAUCCGCGUCCGCUGCUGCCCUCUCCAGCCCCCACGCCUUCCGGGAGGACGGCGCCCUCUGGAGCCUGCUGGGAGCAUUGCUGCCGGAUCACGCCGAGGAGAAGCUGGCACCCGGUCCCCACCUGGACCUGCUCUGCUCACCCACCCAGAGCAGGAGACACCCAUGAGCCAAGAGCCCUCUUUACGCUGCUAAGUCCAGGGGUACAGAUGAGGGGACAUCUUUGAGAAAAGCUGGCUUGGGUUUCCAAAAGCCCAACUUUUUUUUUUUUAACUUACUGUAACGAAAGUGUUCUGACUGGAGACGCUCUCCUUCACACCUCUUCACAGCUGGGACGUUGGGCUGGCCCUAUUGUUUUUGUUUUUUUGUUGUUGUUUUUUAAUUCUUCAAAUAUAAGUUUCCUAAUGCUAGCCCCUUGUGGUGCUAGGUGAGUGUUGGCCAGGCCCAGGAAUAGCCACAGUAGACCUGGGAUCUAAAAUAAGUUUCUGUUUUGAAGUUGUUUGGGUUUUUGUUUUUUUUUUUUUAAUGUUUUGGAAGGAAUCUAGUUGCCUCCAAGAAUUGUGCCUUAUAGCAUUUGGGGACCAGGGGGUAGCUUCCCCUCCCUGAAAUAUCCCACGUCUGCUUUCCUUUACCCCAGUGCCAUGUUCAAAGCCACUGGAGGACUGGGGUCCUGCCCUUAGCCACUGGCAUGUUGAGCAUUGCAAUGAGGUAGGGAAGUAGGUAAAAGGAGAUUUCUUAAGAUAAUAUAUCAACUUCUUCCUGCCCACCCCUGGUCUACUCACUCCCCAGCUGCUUGAAGGGUAGCGCAAGGCCCUUGCCCCUAGAGCUUCUCUUUAAUUCAUUCUCUUGACAUCACGACACCCCCAGUCUUCUGCCACCUGCCCCUUCUCAGCCGCCUAGACACAGGCCUAGACCAAGUUUCUCAGGGACGCCCAUGCCACCCCUCGCCUCUUCUUGGCAUUGGUCUUUAGUCCUUCCCUGGGAGCUGGAGCCUGGGUGUCUGGGGACAUCUUGCCUCCGUUGUAUGAUUCUUCCCCAUAGGGCUUCAUUUCGCCCUGAGCCGUUAGACAAAACUCCAUGCUGUCCGGAGAGCCAAGCUGUUCAGUACUAAGGCGUGGAACACUGUGCACUUUGCACACACACCCCCACUGCUGGGCCUGGCCUAUGUCCUUGAAGCUCGGAGCACCCAAGUGCUCCCAGGAUGAGGCACCCAAGUGAGACACCCUGAGUUAUCCUGGCCUGACACCUUUCUCUAGGGAAGACCUGUGAACCUGAGCCCAAGGGCUGGUAUACACUUGUUUACUGUGUAAGCAAGAGUAGAAGAAUGUCCAAUGUACAGUGGAAUCUUGUACAGAAUAAAUAGUAGCUUUGAGAAA